CGAGACGAUAAUUUCCUUUUCUCCAAUAAAUACUCGUCAGUUGCCUAAACGCCUCUUUUCGCCCCGUCUCACUAUUCUCUUCCUUCUGCUCACUCCAAUUCAAGCGUCUUCCGUGGCUUAUACCCACGCAAACCAAAAUACAUUCAACCUGUCCCCCAAUGUUGCCUCCCCCAGAUAUUGACAACGAAUCGCGGCCAGCGACGUUCCAGUCAAGAUGGAAGCACAACCCUGACCCCAAGGCUUUGCCCUUCCCACGCGACAAUCCGCCAUUUCAAUUAACCGAAGUUGACUGGCAUCAAUUGAGCAUCACCGACGAUCAAUUCGAGCCGCAUACGUGGGAAAACUUGCAUCACCUGAUAUCUACCAACCAGCUAGAUGAACUGAAACGCUGGCCGUCCUUUUUGAAAGCCUACCUUGCUUGGACUGCACACGUGAAAGCAAAGUAUGGGUCUGCGACCCAGUAUCUCCUCCAACAGCGACUGUUCUGGGAGCCUCUAUCAACGAAUGGGCCUCUACGUUUUCCUCUCAAAUCCGAAACGCCAUUCGACAAUCCGGAGGACUAUAAAAUUAUCAAAAAUGAUUGGACAUAUGCGGUCACAGAAGGCAUUGCACAUAUCGUGGUCUGGUCAAAGAAGCCUCUGCCCGUGGACAGCGAAGGCGCAUUGACCGCAGAGGGCUGGAAGAUUGUCGUGGAUUUCAUAGACAGGGAGUUCAGACAAAAGGUUGGCGAGAAAGCCGUAGGAGAGAAAGUACAGUGGUUCAAAAACACCACAAAUCUCCAGAGCGUCAGGAGCUUAGAACAUGUCCACGUUCUCGUCAAGGAUGCAGACGAACAAGUUUUGAGACAGUGGAUGAAUUGAAGGAAGCGAGGCUGCUCGCUUGAAUUACUGAUGGGGCUUUCCUGACAGAUCGGGCCGAAUGUUAGAACACAGUUCAAAGAAGGAUUCAUGAAACCGCGCUAGAAUUUUAUGCUUAUUGUCAGGUCUCAUGGACAACACCAAUAAGCUUUUUGAAGUGAUUCGGCAAACUAUGUAGGUACGAAGCAGAAAACAACCGAGCGAACCAUCCUCUGUUCCUGAUCUAUUCACAGCUGUCCAUACUAAGUGGUCCACUUUGCUGCGCACCUGCUCGUAUUCGAAUCUGCUACCAAAAGUUCUGGAACGUGUAC